CUGAAGAAUAAUGCAAGAAGUCUAUUGAAAUGCAUUUGUCAUCACUUAUUGCGACACCUAUUGUUGUUGGUCGAGUGAAGUAAAUAUAUAAAUAGUGUUAGGUGCUGUUGUGGUCAUCAUCAGAAACAGGAGACAAGAUGAACAAACAUAUUCUCGUGAUCUUCGCAACCCUAGCCGUCGUGGCGGCGACACCAGUGUACGACAUGUCCUACCACACAUCGUACCACACACAGCCCUACCCCAUGCAUCAUGGUGCCCUAGUACAGAAGGUGCCACAAGUGAUGUCCAUGCAUGGCAUGUACGCCGUGCCCAUGGGACACGCUGUGCAUCCCAUCCCGAUUGUGCAGCAGCCACUCGUGCAGCAACCUCUUGCCAUACUCUUCGCCUUCCUCGCGAUUGCCCACGCUGGGGUCAUCGCCCCCGUGGUGCCAGCUCACCCAGUGGUGGCUCAUCACGUGGUAGCUCCAGUGCACACAGUGUCCCAUAGCGCAGUGGUACACCCAGCCCCCCUAGUCCACGCCCGAGUGGUACACGCGCCAGUGGUACACGCGCCUGUGGUACAUGCGGCGCCAGUGGUACCAGUCGUUAGACACUCUCCAAUCAUCGCCGUGCAUCAUCAUUAACACCAGAGCUGGUGAUUUUUGAAGGAAAAAUAUGUCUUCAAAAUUGGUGUGAAUCUUUAUUAAAUUAUUUUUUUGAGAUA